AUGCCGCUGGCCCUGCAGGCCGCGCUCGGGUUCGUGCAGGCCAUUCACUACAGUGCCAGGGCGGCCUCCGUCAACCGGGAGUGCUGCUGCACCUUGUCUCGCCUGGUUGGCAGGGUCCGACCAUUGCUUGAAGAGGUGGAAUUCGAGUCGAAACAUGACGCCACGGGGAUGCGCGAUGUUGCUUUGGAAUCGAUCGCAACAGCGCUGGAGAAGGCACAUGUUGCAGUUGUGCGCUUCUCCACAAUGGGAAGUCUGCAGGCCAUCCUGGAGACAGAAGCCAUGAUGUCACAGUUCCAAAUGGUCUGCUAUGAAUUGGAUGCGUCACUGACAGCUCUGAGAGGUGCACAAACAGCUGCUCCGUCCGCGUGGAAAGAGGACUUGCAGCGCCUCUCUGAACAACUGCAGUCCAUCAGCUUUGACAGCUGCACUGAGAACAGCAAAGUCCUAAGGCAGUUGCAUCAGGAGGUCACACGCCUGAAGGGCCUCCCAACAGGGUCCAAGGUUGUGUACUCUCGGAUUUGCAACCUUCUCUGGAAGUGCCAGCUUCCAGACAAGCUGGACAUGCUGGCAGAGCUACAGGGCCUGAGACGGGAGCUCUCCAGGGCAAAGGCAGAGAAGGAUCUUGCGGAGGAAUUUGUGCUGCAGCAGGUCAUCAAAGCCCUGCAGAGCAGUGCAGCCAUACCUUACACACCCAGCACAGCGGGCCCCCAGCCUCCAGUGGAGUACUGCUGUCCUAUCUCUCACCAGAUCAUGAGAGAGCCAGUGGUGCUGGUGGAAACAGGCCAAACGUAUGACCUCAAAUGCAUCCAGGAAUGGUUUGGAAGGGGCAAUGCAACAUGCCCUGUCACAGGGCAGAAGGUGGGGAGCACGCAGCUCACUCCCAACUUCGCCCUGAAGAGCCUUGCCAGUGCUUGGGUGCAAGUGCAUGGGUAUGAGCAAGUUGGGGACGAAGAAGGUGCAACAGUUGUGGGCUUGGCCUCUAACUCUGCUGUUGACAAUGGGAAAGGGACGUCGACCAUGGCAGAAGGGGCGUUGGAGGGAGCAGAUGCUGAUGACGCGAAGGCGGAGGGGAUGUUGGAAAGGGUCUCUGACUGCAAGAUGAAUGGUGACAGGGGAUGGGGAGUUGGGAUGGGCGCCAGCAACGCACAGCUGCACACAAAUGAGCAGUCAGAUGCUCCAGAUGGAAGUUCCGGCAAAGGGCAAGGGAAGGCCAGCCGGGGAGCACAGCAGAGGGGCAAUACGCAGACUGUGGGGACUGGUGAUCAGAACGCAUCCCUCAGCCCGGAUGUGCCGGAAAGUGGAAGGACAACAAAGCAUACUGAGUUGCUUAAUCGCGUGAAGGACCUGUUGAACAAGUGCAAGGAACGAAGGUCGUCGAUGGGGACACCUGACUACACAAGAAUUGAUCAGAGAUCUGCACCUGAGGGAAGAUCUGCAGUCCACCAAGGGCUGCCUGUAAAGCAGACGAUGACGUUCUCCAAGCCUGGGAAGUCAUCUGGGUCUGACAGCGAGCCAGCUUUUGAGCACAUGGGUGCCUCGGGUUCUGAGGGAGAAUCGUUGACAACCUCUCCUGAGGCAUUUGAAUAUAGAGGUGGUGUUGGCUUGGGGGGAGCUUGUGGCUCUUCCAUGUCAGACCCUCCAACUGUGCUGGGACAGAUAGCAUCGUUUCCUGUGUCCAUGUCAACGGACUCCGACACUAGCUCAGGGGAAGAUGAUCAAGGCUCGACAUCGGGCUCGGAGUAUUAUCCAGAGCUGUGUAUGCCAGAUGAAUCGGCCAUGACCACAAUGCAGUCAGACAUCGCUGAAGAACAAGGGUCUGGGCCAGCCUCUAUGGUGGAGUCGCCCUCCCAACAGGAGUGCAUGACAGCAGGCACCCGCUCUUUAGCUGAGCUGGCAGCAGCAGCUGACAUCGGGCUUGCUGGCAUGGCAGGUAUGCCAUCAGUUCCCAGGUUGGACCUGGCACCAGUUUGUGAGACCCGUGCACAGUCAGUGCCUCCCCCAAAAGAUAUGUCAUGGGUGCAUCCAGGCCCCACUGGCAGGACAACACCAGAUUUUAGCAACAGGAGCGCGAUGCUAGAUGAUAUGCCUUCUCGCAGGCCAGCAUCUGCGUUGGGACUCAGAUGUGACCUGGAACAGAGCGCUGGCGGGUAUGCAGGGCACAGUCGUGGGUACUCCUGGUCUGGAGGGAACCAUGACCCUGCACACGCGUUCUCGAAGUUCUUGGAGGCAAAGCAGGCUGCAGUGUCGACACAAGGAAGGCUCCAGCUCUUGGCGAUGACCCUGAACAAGAGCCGGCAGCAAAUGGAUUUUCUGACACCCCGGAGCGGACGUCGCAGUGCAGGAAGCGAAGGUCACCUUACAGGCAGGGCUGCUUUGGCAGAAGAAAGCGCUGGCACUCCAGAAAUGCUGAUUGAAGGGCCAGUUGCUUGUGUGAGCCCAUCGAGGGCCUUGCUGGCAGAUGUAACAUCUGUGAACGCAGAUGUCAGCAAUGCCAUACGGAGGGGCAUGGAUGAGAAUGACGAUGUGGUCCAUGGGCAAGCUGAAACUGGGAUUGGCGAUCCUCUGUCACGCUGGCUGGAUGUGAAUCCUGAGACUCUUUUGAGCGACGACGAGUUUGGAGAAGAGGAGUCAACAGCAUCUGAGUCAGUGUCCUUGAACGUGUCACAGCUGCUGCAGUGCCCUUUCACAAAGGAUCUGGAAGACUACGAGAGCAUGACGGGCAGUGGCAACCUCCAAAGCACAGAAUGGGAUGGCACUUCUAUGGCCAGCGAUGAUGUGGCAGAUGGUGAAGGCGAAGAUGAUUCAGCAGUGGCUUCGGAUGAGGAGAAUAGUGCACCCUCUGAGGGCAGGCAUAGCAUUUCGUCUCUGACAACAGUGGCCAGUGGUGGUUGUGAGAUUGUUCCAGUCACAAUGACACCCAUUCGUGGUUCCAAAAGAACCAACUCGCCAUUCCCCACACACGGGAUGUCACCGGGCAGUCCAGACUUGGGGCUUGAUGGGGAGACUGACAAGGCAGCGAACCACACGACGCCAGUCCUAUUGAAGCUGCUUGCCUCUGGCUCCAUUGAAGUUGCCAUGGCCACGGCUGUGGAGCUGGCUGAAAGGGCCAAGAAGAAGCCAUCGGUCCGCAGGCAGCUGUCGCAGUCGGGCAUGAUACCAUCCUUGGUCCACAUGCUGCAGUCACCCAAACGUGACGUGAGGAUUGCUUCGGCAAGAGCGCUGGCACUGCUGGGCGACAGCAGCACAGACCUUCAAUUGGAGAUCAUCGCUGCCGGUGCUGUUCCCCUGCUUUCCCGGCUGACACGGGCAGGGAGUAGGAAGUCCGGAGAAGCUGCUGGCUGGGCGAUGAACAGAUUGACAGCAAAUCCUGUGCCAGGCUCGUCGGUCGCCAGCAACGAUGUGUCUGUUCCGCUGUUGGUUGAUCUUCUGUGCACUGGAGAACCAGACAUGAGAGCAUCAGCCGUCUUGGAGCUCAGCAGGAACGUGUCUCGCACUUUUGGGGGUUACGAGGAGGUCGGCCGCCCAGCCGUUGUUGAAGCACUUGUGGAUCUCUUGUCGAAUGAGAUUUCAGCUGUGCAUCGGGCCGCUGGGGACCUGUUGGCCUCCCUGCUGUAUAAGAACAAGGGUGCUUUGCAGGUCCUGGCCCAGAAAGAUGGCAUCGUCCGUCAGCUGCUGGGUGUUAUCAGGAACGCAUCCAACGAUGGCAAGACUGCAGCUGCGCAGGUUCUGAAGACGCUGGCUGACGUCAGCAGAAAGAUACAGCAGGACAUCGUGGACUGCAAGGGCGUCUCCACUCUGGCAACGUUCCUCAAGGUGGCUCUUCCUGGCUGCGGAGGCCGCGAGGCAUGUGCGUGGAUGUUGGGCUCCCUGGCAUGCUACUCAGGUGCCGCCCGCGAACAAGUCAUGCAGUCUGGUGCCACUGCAGACUUAGAGGCCCUCCUGGAGGAUGGCGAAGCAGAGGAGAAGACGGCAGCGGCAUGGUCACUCCGCCAGCUGUCGCAGGGUGACAACGACAAUGUCACCAGCCUGCCUCUGCCCUUGAUUGUCAGAUCGCUGGAGUCUGGCACCCCGGAGGUUCAAGUCGUGGCUGCAUGCGAGCUGUGCCACUUCGCGAGUGGCAGCUUCUGGACCCACCUGGAGCUGUUCCAUGCAGACGCAGUCUCCGCUCUGCUGGGCUUCCUGCGAUCGCGAGGGCCUUUGGAGGGCCUGAACGCAGCAUUGGCUGCCCUGCAGCAUUUGGGAAAAGCUCUGGACACUGUGCCCACGGAGAUCUGCCAGCAGGGAGGCAUCGAGGUGCUGGUGGACAUUCUGAGGGAGGAUGGGGCAGCUGAUGCGAAAUUGGUGACAGAACUGCUCUCCUUUCUUGGCGAAAGGUGCCCCAUGCACCAGCAAGAAAUCGUAUCUGCAGGGGCUGUGCCCCUGCUAGUAGCAAUGCUGCCAAAGGGCGAUUCGUACUGCGCUGCAGCCAAGGACCUGCUGAUGGGGCUUGUUGAUAGCGAGCUGUCGGCAAUCUCGCUGGCAGUGAGCCAUACAGCAAUCCCCCUGCUACUGGAGUUGAUCAAGUCAGGUGGUCAUAUGCAUUCAAGGGAGGCGGCAGUCGCCCUCAUCAACAGGAUGGUCGAAAUCAACAUCGACAACCGGCAGACCGUUGUGCAGAGCGGCGGGACUCCCAUUUUGCUCCAGGUUGUGAACCAUGGAGAGAGCCAUGAGCUGAGGUCUGUAGCGGCAAAUGCGAUGACGAAACUGGCAGCCUGCAACGGCAAUGUGCAGGAGAGCUUGGUGGGGUCUGGGGCUUUUGGGUCAUUGGUGCAGCUCCUGGAGUCGACCAGCACUCGUAUCAGGCAGCAGGCAGCUGAGAGGGCAAGGGCAAGGGCUAUGGGGAGGGAUGACGGGAAGGAGACGCCAAGACUGGAGUUGGCACAGAAGGAAUUGCUAGUGAGUGCAAGGGGGAGGAAGGGAAGAGCGCUUUCAACGAUUGAGGAGACCGAACCACUGGCUGUUGCUCCAUCCAGUGCCAAACUGCGAGCCAAGGCAAUGAAUCGCACGGCAUCUGGCUGUGCAGAUGAUGGUGCAAAAGCUGUGGGAGGGUGCACAACGUGUAACGGUGAACAAAAUAGUGCAGAUGGGAAUUCUGGAUUGGAUUCGCGUUCUGUGGGCCCCAACCCUCAGAACAUUGCCGGACAAACACGGGAUGGUGUUGGGGAUGGUCUGGGUCAAGGAGCAGAUGGUCGGGCAGAAGACGGCCCUGAACACCAUCACGGAGAGGGAAGCCCUGUACACCAGAAGGGGGGAGCUGUUUCAGACCUUGUUGAUGCUCUGCGGUGUGGGGAUGGCCAGGAGGCUGCCACUGCAGCUCUGAGGAGCUUGGCAGUGGGGGAUAAAGCCAAGAGAAUGGAGAUGCUCACAGCGGGGACUGUUCCCUUGCUGGUGGAGAUCUUGCAGUCGAAGUCGUACCAGUAG